AUGGCGUCCCAAAACUCCGCGGAGAACUCUACUCGACGAACGGUGGCCUUGAAUGCAGAUGCUCACACAAUUACUACCAAGAUCGGCAUUGCCAAGCGCAGGAUGGAGGCAAUCAAGCAGGAGGUUGCAGUUUCCGUCAAGCCAGCCAAAUUCGACGCCGAGUAUGCCAAAGUGAAAGAGCUCGUUGCCGCUAGGGAGGUCACUGUGGCUUUGAUCAAGGUGGUCAUGGAGGCUGUUAUGAAUUACGCAUCCAAAUCAAUCUCAGGUCGGGGUCUUGAAGUCCUCAAGGCCUUUCAGGUUGAGUGCCGCGCACAACAAGGACGACGAACCAGAGGAUAG